UUGUUUUUUGGAUUGAUCUAUCUCUCAGCAACACUCACCUCAAUGGCUAUUUACUACGGUUAUACGGCAAGCAAUCAAAGUGUGAUCGCUGCAACAGUUUACGGUCUUACGGAUCUUGUUCAAUAUAUAGUCUCCGGAGGUGCAUGCGUUUAUGCGUUAUGGCGGAUGCGUUUGUUACGAUUCGUUGAGCAUUCGGAAAAUGCAAAUAGUCAAUCGUCAUCUAGUCAGGAGCUGCUCGAUUUGAUACUGCUUUCGUUGGGAUUAAUUGGCGAAUUAAUCUAUUCAGUUGCGGGACUGAUUGGCCUUACUGCCGAAAAAAAAUGGCAAGCACUAACCUAUAUACUUCUCGCUGUGCACAUUACGCGUUUGUUACAGCAAGAUGAGUUCGUUUAUUGCUCGUCAAACUUAAAGAAGAACAUCAUUGGUGCUAUAAGAGAUCAGGUUUAUGCUAAUCAUCAAAGAUUUUAUUCUCUCAUAGCUGCAGCCAGUGAAUUGUUGAGGAGAAAGCAGUUCAAAAAGGAGCUGUUUCAGGUUGGAAUCCAAGCGAGUUUAAUCUUCAUCGCUGGCAAGUUGCGUAUCCAAGGUGAUCACGAUUUGCAUGCACAACAGCCCGGCAAACAGACAAUUACAUUUAUUUUAGUGGCAAACAUCACGAUGUUUCUGAUGAAUCUUUUUGAGGCCGAGAAAGCGGGCAUCUCUGAGACUGUUGUGAAUUUUUACGGUAAACGUAGUUGGGUGUUUUUGGUACGAAGUUUCGGUCCACUUACGAUUUUUUUCCGUUUUCAUAGUUCCGUGUGUUUGGCUGAAAUAUGGAAGAAUGUUUAUGCGUGGAAAUCGCAAUGA